AUGAGAACCACACCCACGGCCGCAUUGCAAGCGGCCUUAGGGUGUCCCCCCCUUGAGCACGUCAUAACAAGCGUUGCCAAACUCUCAGCAUACAGAUUACAAUGUCUGGGGGAAUGGAAGAGCACCAGUAACGGGCACACGGCACUGGAGUUCCUACAUAACCCCCCAUUCACACUUAUGCAAGACAGAAUCCCCAGGAAGUACCAGCUGCGAAGUACCUUCAAGGUCCUAACACCAGCUAGGGACGACUGGAAGAAACCAGGAUUUCCGAACAACUUGGGCACUGACAUCUGGUACACGGAUGGCUCAGGAAACAAUAACCGCUUCGGAGCAGGUUUCUAUGGCCCGAAGAUGGGACACAGAACCAGCCUCCCUCUGGGGGAACUAGCCACGGUUUUCCAAGCCGAGGUUCUAGCGAUCACAGAAUGCGCGAAACUACAGAUCUCAUUAGGAGUUAAGUAUAGAAAGAUUUGCAUCUGCUCAGAUAGCAGAGCAGCCAUAAACGCCCUUGCAAAGACCAGCACGGAAUCUUCCACCGUCUGGGAAGGCAUGCAAGCUUUAUCACAACUCAACAAGCUGAACAAAAUCACCCUCAUAUGGAUCCCUGGACACCAAGGUUUACAGGACAAUGAGAUAGCCGACGGUCUGGCAAAACUGGGCACCCUUGAGAGCCCGGUACAGCAGAUAGUAGGUGUGCCCUUUGUCCUUGGGAAAAAACACAUCAAAGAGAGCCUGGAAAGGCAACACCUAACAUCCUGGACGGAAGAAACGGCCUGCCGCCAGGCAAAGCUCUUGAUACAACACCCAUCAGUCAGCAGAACCAAUGAGCUCGUGGCCAUGAGCAGAGCAAAGAUAAGGACCUGUAUAGGCCUCCUCAUCGGCCACACGACACUACGGGCACAUUUACACAAACUCGACCUAGCUGAACAAAUAAACUGCCGGCUAUGCGGAGAAGAGAAAGAGGACAGCAUACACAUACUAUGCCGAUGUCCUGUUCUAGCUCUGAAAAGAUACAGAAUCUGA